AUGCACCCGCAAUGCUGGAUGGACACCCACUCUGACCUUCACCUCUACUUCCCCUCUUCUCGCUUUCCCCACUUGCCUCCUGCCAUACAGGAAGAGGAGGAGCCUGGCUCUCGGCUGGGCAACAGGGAAGCAGAUGGGGAUGCGCCUGCAGUGCUGGAAGGACCAGCAGCAGCUGCUGUGAAGGAGGAAGGGGAGAGCUGGGGAGGCGGAUGGGGAUGCACCCGCAUUGCUGGAAGGACCAGGAGCAGCAACUGUGAAGGAGGAGGGGAAGAGCGGGGGGGCAAGGGCGCAGCAGCAGGGGGAACAGGCGGGGCAGGGGUAGCAGGAGGAGGGGCAGGAGGGGGUGGGGGGGGAGGGGCCGUGGCAGGGGAGGGGAAGAAACGACCGCUACCCGAGGCUUCAGGGCGCCCCCCCCCUGCUCGCCCGCCCGUCAAGCCCAAGGUGGAGGCAUCACUCAAAGCCGAGCCUGCCUCCACACCAUCUCGACCAACCGUACCUGCUGACAAGAAGGAAGAUCUGAUUCACGGCAGCUCCCCGUCCAGUCGUGGGUUGACACCUGGCGAGGCAGCUGCAGGGGAGAAGGGGAGUGAGAAGGGGUCUGGCAGUGGCUUAUCCCGCAAGGCAUCUCCAUACAGAUAA